AUGUCUGUGGAACAGCUGCUUAAAUCGAUCACGGAGUCAAUAGAGCUGACGUCGUCCUCGUUGGACAACGUGGUGGCGUAUUUGGAGGACUCGGAGAAAGUUCCAGAGCUUGUGCAGUCGCUUGCUAAAGAGUCAGAGUCUACUCAGGAAAUAGAAGGGGUCUCCUUGCUUUCUCUGAAGAAUAAUAGCAUGCUAUCAUACAUCAAUAAUCUUUUGGUCAUUCUUGGUUCGCGCAUAAGCCUGAUGAAAGAUGGAGACACAGAGAUGUUUGAUAAUGCCGUCAAGAAUAGCAUAGUCCAACGAGUCGCGCUAGACAGGGGUGUCAAGCCUUUAGAAAAGAAACUUAAUUAUCAGCUCGACAAAUUGGUGAGUGCAUACCAGCGUCGAGAAAAAGAGCAAAAUGACGCUAGCGAAAAAGUGCAGGAAAUGGUGAAUAACAACGCCAGCGAGGACAGCGAGAAUAGUGAGGAUGAGGACGAAGGGCUGAAUUACAGGCCAGACGCUUCUGCGUUCAUGAAAAAAGACUCAAAGCAAGAAACCUCAGAGAAAGACGAGGACGAUGGGAAGUACCGUCCACCGAAAAUUGCUGCCGCUUUGCCCCCACAGACGUUCUCCGAAUCCGACACUACGCAGAAACGCCGCCGAAACCUGCAAUCCAUGGACGAGUAUUUGGAAGAGCUUAGCGAAGCUCCUGCUGUGGAGACUUCCAUUGGCUCUACGAUUGUUGACAAGGGACGAGACAUGAAGACCAGGCGCCAACUGGAAAAAGAGGCCGAAAUCCAGCGUUACGAAGAAGAGAAUUUCACACGUCUUCCUGCUUCGCAACUGAAAAUGUCUGCAAAGGAAAAGCGCAAGAAGAAACAAAACGAAUUCUUCGGAGAAGACUGGAGUAUGUUUGAUAAUUCCAGGGACGUGACGACCGAGAAGAAGCGCAAGAGACUCAGUGCAUGGGAGCGUGCAAAGCGUAGAAAGGAUUAG